AGUAACUGUGAUUGUGCAGUGAUAAAUUUUGUGUUGUUGUUUCAGCUCGCAGUUCUCUUCGCCAUUGUUGGUGUUUCUAUUGCCGCUUCCGUUUCCGGUUCUAAUCCAGAUGCAGCUGCCGAAGUGGUCAAAAGUGAACUAGAUAAUAUUGGUGUUGAAGAUUUUAAAUACAGUUAUGAAACCAGCAACGGAAUCUUAGCUGAAGAAGUGGGACAUCUGAACAAUCUUGGAUCAGAGAAUGAGGCUCUGUCCGUUUCUGGGUCGUUCAAGUAUGUUGCUCCUGAUGGUGUGACUUAUUCCAUCAGUUAUAUUGCUGACGAAAAUGGAUUCCAACCACAAGGGGAGCAUUUGCCACACUAAACUGUAUUUUGUAAUAAAAUUUAUUAAUGCAUAA